AUGGAUCCUUCGAAUGACAUGUAUCCUACACCCUCGCCUAAACGCGAUUUUAUCGAAUUUUGUGAAUCCCGCGGCCACUACGAUUCUACCCAGGAAAUCACGAACCAAGAUAAGAGGCAAAGAUAUAGCUUUAGUGAAAGCUUCACCCGUUAUAGAUCACCUUUGCGUAUUCCUAGUGGUGCAAAUACCCCAUGUUCCAGUCCGAGCACUCCUGCUGUGUAUCCACUCUCCGUCAGUCCUGUCGGCCAUUCUUCUACAGAGACGGAUAGUUUAGCAGUCUUAAGAUAUCAUGCAGAAGAAAAUAUCUACAAGAACCCCAGAUGCUUGGGGGCCCCACGGAUCGAAGUCAACAGUCCAGAUUCCUAUGCUGGGCGUGAAAAUUGUUUCAAAAACCUGCAUUUGAAUGAUACCGAUACGCCAAUAAGUUUCAAUGAAGAGUAUUACGAUGAAGACGACAUUGUUAUGCACCAAGAAAUUAAUGGGCCAGAGAUGUGUUUUGGAAUGAUCAAAUACUCUACCAUCGUCUCUGGACGUGCAGACUAUCUGCGACAGCUUUGUGUACCACAAGUAGUGAAUAGUAAGAGGAGCAAGCUUAAAACGCAUACCCAAAUUGAGACAACCAUCAACUUUCUGAAGUCACUCGCAACAGUCCAUCUAUCUUCUGGAGAUAAGGAAUACAUUGGAAUCUUAGAUGAUAUUUCAGCGAAGGGAAUUUCUCAAAUCCUAGAGAUACCAUCAGUUCGAUUACAGGCCUUUCUACCUUCACCACAACCGUCCCCUGAGUUACCCCCGGAAGAGAUACCCAAAACAAAAACCAAAGAGCCACAGAACUCGAUCUUUAUCUACAUUAAUGUUUACGGUGCUAGCAGUGUCGGAGAUGAUGUAGGAAAGAUCCUUUCUACAAACCGCAUCUAUCUUCAGUCUCCAGUGAACAACGAGAAGAAACCCAAAUACAAAAAUCCUCAUUAUUUUAACGAAAAUGAGCAUGUUACGACGAGCCAAGUCACUGCAUCUCCCUCACGUCUCCGAAACGUUGAGGAAAAGGUCAAGACAAUCUUUGAUAUCAACAUCAAUGAUAAAUUACCAGAAAUUAAAAUGGGAGACGAACUUCAAACAUCGCUAUUAAGCCAUCAAAAACAGGCUGUGUAUUUUAUGCUCUGGAAAGAGACAGCUCCUGCUUUUCAUGAGGAAGAUAUGCUUACCAGUACUUCGAUCUAUAAACCAAUAAAAAACGAACUUGGAGUUGUUAGUUAUCUAAAUUCAAUCACAAAGGAAAAGACCUGCGCAAGGCCCCAGGCAGUCCCUGGAGGCAUACUUGCCGACGAUAUGGGACUAGGAAAGUCGCUCACGACUCUUGCUUUAAUAACCGGCAGCCUCGACCAAGCACACUUGUUCACGCAGAGUACAAAUUACCAAUAUUACACUACGUUGAAUCGAGUCCGAAAACAUGCCAGGGCAACCCUGAUUGUUGCACCCGCAUCACUGUUAGAGAGCUGGAAAGAACAAAUACGCACUCACAUUAAACCCGGAGCAGUAAGUUUUUAUACAUACCACGGAGCACAGAAAGAUAUCAGCAUUGAGAAGCUCAUGGAUUUUGAUAUCGUUCUCACUACCUAUGCAACCAUAAGAGCCGAAGUUUUUUCGAAACAAGUCAACCAGUAUCGCCGGUCACCCCUGAAAGAGAUCAAAUGGUUCCGGAUGGUCCUUGAUGAAGCACAUAUAAUUAGGGAACACUCGACGCAACAGUCGAAAGCAGUCUGUAUGCUUGAAGCGCAACGCCGUUGGUGUCUUAGCGGCACUCCAAUACAGAAUAAGCUACAAGAUUUUGGAACACUUCUCCGAUUCCUACGUCUAUCGCCAUUUGAUGAGGAGGGUACAUUUUCCAAAUACAUUGUUCGACCUCUGAAAGAUGCAAACCCAGAGGGUUUGAGAUGCCUCUGUAUACUCAUAGGCUCCACCUGCUUAAGGAGGACCAAAGAUAUUCUUGAGCUACCACCGAAGAUUGAUCAAGAAGUAUAUAUCCACCUUGAACCUCCAGAAAGACGUCUAUAUGAAAUUUGCAAAAAGGAUUCGGCGAAUAUGAUCGAGCAAGCUCUCACUGAAAGCAGAAGUGGUUCCAGUUAUUUUAGUAUUCUGCAGUCUAUCCUUAGGCUAAGAUUGAUGUGUGACCAUGGAAAAGACCUAUUGCCCUCAAUGGUACAAAAUAGGCUGGAAGGAUACUCAUAUGCUGAUCACAUAAACCCACAAACCAGCUCGGAUAUCGAAAUGGAAGACUGCGUGCAGGAAGAAAGUCCGACUCAACAAAUUGCAAGCGAAUUUUUUGCGCCAAGAUGCGCACUAUGCAGCAAAACAAUCGAUGCGGCCGAAGCAGAAUCCGAAGCAACCUCUUCGCAAACUUGUCCCCACACCAUUUGUGACAGCUGUUUAAGACUACCUUACGGCGGACCGUCUACAAAGGUCAAGGCAUUAAUAAGGAACCUUCAGCUAGAUGCUGGAAAGGACAGCGAGGGUAAACCAAUUAAAAGUGUUGUAUUUUCUUGUUGGACGAAAAUGUUAGAUCUGGUAGCAAUUGCAUUAAACAAUGAACAAAUGAGGUUUUGUCGUGGAGCUGUUGGUUUAAACCUCACCGUCGCCUCUCGAGUACACCUUAUGGAACCCCAGUGGAAUCCAAUGGUUGAACAUCAGGCAUUGGACAGAGUACACCGGAUCGGCCAAAAAAAUGAAGUUGUUACAACCCGCUAUAUCGUGAAAAACUCCAUUGAGGAGUCCAUGUUGUCUUUCCAGAAAAGAAAGUUGGCUAUUGCAGGCAUUUUGACGUCUCAGACUCAAAAGUCCACAUCAAACCAGCACUUGAAGGAACUUCAAAAUCUAUUAAUGGCAUAG